CGGUUGUCGCGUCUCUUCUGACGCCUCAGACGACAUGGCGACCGAGAGUGGUAGUGAUUCGCAGCUGAGGAGGAGAAGGCGCCGGGACCCAGAGGGAUCAGAAAGAACAGAACCGAGCGAGCGAGAACCGGCCCUGGCAGUGGCGGGGAGCGAAGAAAAUGAUGAUGAGAAUGAAGAGCGCUGGGUCGGGCCUUUACCGGUGGAGGCAACACUUGCCAAGAAGAGGAAAGUUCUAGAGUUUGAAAGAGUCUAUCUUGAUAAUCUCCCUAGUGCAUCUAUGUAUGAGCGCAGUUACAUGCACAGAGAUGUCAUCACACAUGUGGUAUGUACCAAAACAGAUUUUAUUAUCACCGCCAGUCAUGAUGGACAUGUUAAAUUUUGGAAAAAAAUAGAAGAAGGAAUUGAGUUUGUUAAACAUUUUCGUAGUCACCUUGGAAUUAUUGAGAGUAUUGCAGUUAGCUCUGAGGGAGCAUUGUUCUGUUCUGUUGGUGAUGAUAAAGCAAUGAAGGUGUUUGAUGUAGUGAACUUUGACAUGAUCAACAUGCUGAAGCUUGGCUAUUUUCCUGGACAAUGUGAGUGGAUAUAUUGCCCAGGAGAUGCCAUAUCUUCAGUUGCUGCUUCUGAGAAGAGUACAGGAAAAAUUUUCAUUUAUGAUGGUCGAGGAGAUAACCAGCCACUUCAUAUUUUUGACAAACUCCAUGUAUUCCCUCUUACUCAAAUAAGACUAAACCCAGUUUACAAAGCAGUGGUGUCUUCUGACAAAUCCGGAAUGAUUGAGUACUGGACUGGACCGCCGCAUGAAUAUAAAUUCCCUAAAAAUGUGAACUGGGAGUAUAAAACAGACACAGAUUUAUAUGAAUUUGCCAAGUGUAAGGCAUAUCCAACCAGCAUAUGCUUUUCACCUGAUGGGAAGAAAAUAGCAACCAUUGGAUCAGACAGAAAAGUUAGAAUUUUCAGGUUUUUAACUGGAAAACUCAUGAGGGUCUUUGAUGAAUCAUUAAGUAUGUUUACUGAACUGCAACAGAUGAGGCAACAACUACCAGACAUGGAAUUUGGCCGACGAAUGGCUGUAGAACGGGAGCUGGAGAAAGUGGAUGCUGUAAGAUUAAUUAACAUCGUUUUUGAUGAAACCGGACACUUUGUGCUGUACGGAACGAUGCUGGGCAUUAAAGUGAUAAAUGUAGAAACGAAUCGGUGUGUGCGGAUCUUAGGCAAGCAAGAAAAUAUUAGAGUGAUGCAGCUGGCUUUGUUUCAGGGAAUAGCCAAAAAGCAUCGAGCUGCAGCUACCAUAGAGAUGAAGGCUUCUGAAAACCCCGUUCUUCAGAAUAUUCAAGCUGACCCAACAAUAGUCUGUACAUCUUUCAAAAAGAAUCGCUUUUACAUGUUUACUAAACGAGAACCGGAAGAUACAAAAAGUGCAGAUUCUGACAGAGAUGUUUUUAAUGAGAAACCUUCUAAAGAAGAAGUCAUGGCAGCUACUCAAGCUGAAGGGCCAAAGCGAGUUUCAGACAGUGCCAUUGUCCACACAAGCAUGGGGGACAUUCACAUCAAACUUUUUCCUGUUGAGUGUCCCAAGACUGUGGAAAACUUCUGUGUUCAUAGCAGAAACGGUUAUUACAAUGGGCAUACAUUCCACCGUAUAAUUAAGGGCUUCAUGAUUCAGACAGGAGAUCCAACAGGUACUGGUAUGGGGGGAGAAAGCAUAUGGGGAGGAGAGUUUGAGGAUGAAUUCCACUCAACAUUACGACAUGACAGACCAUACACACUCAGCAUGGCCAAUGCUGGAUCAAAUACAAACGGAUCCCAGUUUUUUAUAACAGUAGUACCAACGCCUUGGCUUGAUAAUAAGCACACUGUGUUUGGAAGAGUGACUAAAGGAAUGGAAGUUGUGCAGAGGAUUUCGAAUGUUAAAGUCAAUCCCAAAACUGAUAAGCCUUAUGAGGAUGUCAGCAUCAUAAAUAUCACUGUCAAGUAAACUGGAUUUUGUUACAUUCACAAGAGGAUUUAUAAUAAAAGACUGUUUCACAUUUGGAAGUUUAAAACUUGCUGAAUAUGUAAAUCAUGUUUUAAAAGACAAACACUGUAUUUUUGUAUUUUUACUUAAAGGCCUUUUUUGAAAACACUGCCUUUUUUGGACUAUUUGUGAUUCUCAGGGGCAACAAAUUGAAACACACUAAAUUGAGGCAAAUAACAUUUUAUAGGUCAAUUCUGUUAUUAUGACUCAAACUUGGUAUUAAAUAAUGGAUUCUUUUUUUUAAAAAAUACCUUUUUAUGUUCAGUGGUCUUUAAAAAGAAAAAAAAUAAAAAGUUCCUUAAUAUUAUAAAAUACCCUUUCAAA